AGUUCACCUCUUGGGCGUUCCCCUUUCCCACUCCCCGUCUCUCCCUACCUCCCUUCUCAACCACCCCCAAUCUCUCAAUCAAGCAAGGUUUCCGAUCUUGUCUGAGAUGAAAACUGCUCGUUCGGUGGCUCAUUAUUCAGGUUUACUUCCGUUUAACAGGCAUAGACCAUCCAUUUCGAUUCGGCAAUCCAGUAGGACCAAUUUCCAGUUUGUUAAGAUCUCAGGGAUACCAAUUCGGCAGUCAUCUGCCAGUUGUAGGCAAAUAAAAUGUGCUGCAACUGGAGGGAAUGGCCAUCGAGAAUUGAUGUCUAAAGAUGUAUUUGAUUCUUCGGAGCCGUUUUGGUUGAGUAUGAUCAAGGAUGUUUCUUGGAGUCUGAGAUCGUUGGCUGUCUUUUUUGUUGAGCAGCCUAUUCAGUUAAAGUAUAUAGAGUGGCCAACCUUCCAAGGCACGGUGAAGACAGCUUCCCUAACCCUCAUUCUUGUUGCUUUUCUCAUUGUUUCGUUGUCCUCCAUUGACUCAGCCCUCUGUUAUAUAUCAGCUUUACUGCUCAGGAAAACUGCAUAAUUACAGGUGUGAAGGUCAUGUGCUGCAAUGAUUUUUAUGUAUUUCAUAUCUCAUCAGUUGAUAGUGUAUCAUUUGUACAUUGAGCAGCAGGCUGCAUAUACCUGACUAAAUAUUUAGUUGUUAUAUACUAAAUGCCUUGUAUUAGUACUUUUCCUCCUCCCAAUCUAUCAGAAUUUUUGAAAUC